CUGACGCAAUUGAUCCGCCCGCCGCUCCUCCCUCCCCUCCGCCGAUCGGAGCCAGGGUCAGAGUCGGGCCCCGGAACGCAGAGGAGAGCAACGGAGUCGUCAGACACUCAGACAAUCCUUCAUCCCGGGACUCAGUAACGAUGUGGCAUCAGCCAGGUGCUCCAGGUCCAUGCCCUCCCAAUGGAUCCUACCCCCCUCCCCUAAACCCUGCCCACCCUCCCCACCCUCCCACUGGCCCUGCUUACCCUCCACCAGCCGGUAGCUUUCCUCCUCCUGGGAACCCUCUCUUCCCUCCCCCUUGUCAGCCCCCCUACCCUUCCCAGCCUGCUGGACCCUGCCCCCAACCCUAUCCUCCCCACCACAUUCCCAGCUGUGUCCCCGGGGGCCCCCACCAGAAGCACGGGAAGAAGGGGCACAAGCACGAGAAGCACGGCAAGAAGAAGAAACAUGGAAAGCACGGCAAGCACUCCUCCUCCUCUUCCUCCUCCUCCUCUUCCUCCUCCAGCAGUGACUCUGACUGAGGCUGAAAGGCACACAUUUUCUGACCAACGCUGUCGUCCAGAGGUCGGAAACUGGCUCUGCACUUCCUGCACAUCUGCGAUCAACAACUUCUAAUCUCUGGCAAGGAUUCUCCCGAGUGGUGGGACUGGAUGAUUUGUGGGCUACUAAUUCCAUUGCUGUAUCGAAAAGGGGAUCAAGAAUUAUUGGCGCUUUACGCUCUGUGAUGUAAUCAAUCUGUUAAACCUGUCUGCAAAGUUGAGGUGAAAUAAAUAAACAGCUUGCUUAUAUUC